ACGUAAUUUGGAAGUGGUCAACGGGAGAUAACUCGCGAUUGACUUCGAUGUCGCAAAAUGGCUGAAAAAGUCAUAUUUCGCAGAAGAUAAAAAUUAUCGUUUAAAUGUACAUUAAUUGUUUCCAUAUUUUCAUUUAGUUAAAAAUAAAUUAAUAAAAGUUGAAUAGAAAUGGUUGUAUAAAAUUAGAACGACUUACUCAAAGUCCCGGAUGUCAGUCGGCAAUGUAAACAAUCGUCUGCCGGUAGAUAUUGUUUACAUUGAUUAUGGUACGCAAAGUGAAAGGUUUUAAGAGUAAAAAGCAGACGGAGCGGUUACGGAAGGUUCUACAGGGUCUAGUAGAUCGGAGAAGUGAAAGGUGUACAACAGAUGGCAAGGUUCCUUCCGUUUUGAAGGACCAUUCUUAUGCAUCCGCGAAUGAUGGCAACCCCCCCAUACACGUCGCGGAGCAGUUGUUUUCAACUACUACAGAAACUUCCUGGUCUAUGGACAGACGGAUAGUUGAACUUGGUGUACUUGCAGAGGGUCUGUCCGGUUGUAAAAAGUGUGGACUUCCUCUGCAGUUGACGCAUGCAUCUAGCAUUGUGACAUAUGGAUUGUCAGCUAUUAUCAAGAUACCAUGUUAUAAUACCAGAUGUCUUCACAUAAACAAUGUUGCAACUGGGAAAAGACAUAACAAGAUAUGGGAUGCCAACACCAAAUUAGCUACAGUAAUUUUUUCUAUGGUACAUACUGGAAUUGGAGGAAGACAAGUCAACACAUUCCUCACAGCUCUCAAUAUACCACCUGUGAGUAAUACAUUACUCAGUGCAAGGCAGAAGGAAUCAGGGGGUGCUAUAGAGACUGUUGCAGAGAGCACCAUGGCUGUAUGUCUAUCUGAAGAACUAGAUAUUACAAAGAAUAAAUCUAAUACUGAUGAAUUGAUUGUGAGUGUGGAUGGAGCCUGGCAGAAAAGGGGAAGUGGCAGGUCAUAUGACAGUCUAUCAGGACACUGUUCCAUGAUUGGUGCAGAAACUGGAAAGAUUAUAGGUUACAGUGUUCGCAGCAAAUUUUGCAAAACCUGUGAUGAAGCUAACAGAAAGGGAACUAAAGCAAAAAUGCAUGACUGUCGACUUAAUUGGGAUGGUAGCUCUAAAGCUAUGGAGCAGGAUAUGGUAGUGGAAAUGGUCCGGAAUAUAAAAAACAGUGGUAUCACUGUUGGCACUAUUAUUGCUGAUGACGACACCACAACCAUUGCAAGACUUAGAAAAAAAGUAAACCCCAAUAUAAAGAAAAUGUCUGAUCGAAAUCACGUCAAAAAAAAUAUUGCCAACUCACUGUACAGUCUUGGACAGAAACAUAAAAAAUUGAAUCAGAAAAUAAUCAAAUACUUUUUAAAUUGUUUAAAUUAUAUGCUGUGCCAAAACCAGAAUGACCCUGAUGGUGUUGAGAAUGGUCUGGAAGCUGUGGGUAGACAUCCAUUUGGUGACCACACUUUUUGA